GGGGGGGGCCCCCUGGAGGAGGGAGGGUACGGGACCCGCAGGGGCCCCUCCCCGGGGAGGGGCCGGAGGGGCCCCUCUCCUGAACCCUCCAGGGGGCCCCCCAGGUCCGGGUCCCCCUCCCCGGGGUGGAGGGGGCCCCCCGUGCAUGCAGGGUACCGGGAGUUCACUGGGAAGGAGGCCCUGGGGGCCCCCGAGAGGCUGGGAGGGUACGAGGGGGGCCCCCCCAGCUGGAGGGGGGCCCCCCGCGAGGGCCCCCGCGAGGGGCCCCGCGAGGGGCCCCGCGAGGGGCCCCGCGAGGGCCCCUAUAGAAGGGACUAUGGCAGGAGGGAGGGGCCCCCAGGGUCCUUUUUAAAUGGGGGGCCCCCCGAAGGAGACAAAGAAAGAAACUACUCGAAGCAGCACAGCAGCAGCAGCUACGAGGGGUACUCGCGGGCUGCUGCUGCUGCUGCUGCUGCUGCAGCAGCAACAGCAGCAGAGGCCCUGCCGAACUCGGGGGGCCCCCGGGGGGCCCCCCGCAGGCCCGCCUCCCCCCGCAGGGGCCGGGGGUACCGAUCCCGAUCCCGAUCCCGAUCCCGAUCCUGGGAUCGAAGACCCAGCUCGGACUUCAAAAGAAGAAGGGCCUCCUCGGGGGGCCCCUACUUGCUGGGGGGGGGCCCCCCUGAGGGGGACUGGCGGGGCCGGGGGGCCCCCGGGGCCGAGGGGCCCCCCCCCCUCGACGGGGGGGGCCCCCCGGCCAUGGAGUCCAGAAGAAGGCAAAGAAGCAGAAGCCCCAGGGGCCCCCGGGAGGGCCCCUACAUGGGGGGCCCCCCCCCCUACGUGGUGCAGGAGAGGCACAUGCGGGGGGCCCCCGGGGGGCCCCUGGGCGACGGGGCCCUCGUGGGGGGGGGCCCCCAGGGGGGGGCCCCCCCCAGGUCCGGCAGAGACCGCAGACAGGGUACUGGGGCCUCGGGGGGCCCCCCUCAUGCCAUGCAAGAAGACUAUCAAUGGAGCAGCAGCAGGCGAGAAGUUGUUUGGUCGGAGAGGGGGGGGGGCCCCCAUGGGGGCCCCCACGGGGGCCCCCAUGGGGGCCCCCACGGGGGCGACAGCGGGGGGGGCCCCCGCCGCCGAGGGGACUCCCCGGGGCCCCGCAGGAGGCACAUGGGGGCCCCCGACGGGGCCCCCAGCGAAAGCCGGUACCCUGGGGGGGGCCCCCGCGAGGGGGGCCCCCCUGCUUAUGGGGAAAGCAGGGCACGCAGGAGGGGCCCCUCCCCGGACUAUGAGGGGUGGGGCCCCUCAGGGUACUCGGGGAGGGGCCCCUCGGGGGGGGACAGGCGAGAUGGGGGGGCCCCCUGGGGGGCCUAUGGGCCCCCGGAGACCCAGGCCGGGGGGGCCCCCCUGAGGGGGCCCCCGGCCUCCCACGCCCAAAAGUAA